AUGAAUUCCGUUUGAGGACAAAAUUGAAACAGAAGUAUGCUUUGUCCAUUUUCGGUGAAUGAGGUAAUUCUUGCAGGCGGGACGUUUGGUAAAGAAGCUACAACUGCCAAGGCGUCAUAAUCCCUACUUAGAUUAUAUAGGUUAUGGUCAUCAAGAAGAAAAUAUCAUUGAAGAUUAUUGUAAUCGGAGAUAGUGGUGUUGGGAAAACGUCUUUGAUAACCCAAUACAUCGAUAAGAAGUUCAGUAAUCAGUACAAAGCUACAAUCGGUGCAGACUUUUUUACAAAACAAGAGGUUUUUGAUGACCGUCUUGUAACAAUGCAGAUUUGGGAUACUGCUGGCCAGGAAAGGUUCCAGUCUCUCGGAGUUGCGUUUUAUCGUGGUGCUGAUUGUUGCGUCCUCGUCUAUGAUGUUACUAUGACAAGUACCUUUAAAACACUAGAUUCGUGGAGAGAUGAAUUUUUGGUGCAAUCAAGCCCUCGUAAUCCCGAAAAGUUUCCAUUUAUUGUUAUUGGGAAUAAAUGUGAUUUAGAUAAUAGAGCUGUAUCUGAAAAUCGUGCAAAGCAAUGGUGUCAGGCAAAUGGUAACCUUCCAUAUUUUGAAUGUAGUGCUAAAGAAAAUACAAAUGUUGAGAAAGCUUUUGCUCAUAUUAUAAGAGUCGCCAUAGACGAAGAGUCUGCGUUUGUAAGUCUUGAGAUAAGCCAAAUCAGUGACCAUGUAUCAGCGCCUUCGGUCCAUAGUGCUGAUGUUAUUUUAUUGAACAAGGAAUGCUGUGUGACUGAUCGACCAACCUAAAACUAUGGAAACAUAGUGAGUUUGUUAAAAAAAGUGUAUAAAGUUGGUUGAUAUUCGCCAACCGAGUGAAUCUGCAGUGUCAGACACGUGUUCUAUGGUGCUUUGAUUGGAAACGUCUUAAGAGAAAAUUCACCCUUAAAAAUUACACAUUGAACGUUAUCUUUACUGUACCAAGCGACUUUAAUCAUAGUUUUUUUUAAAUUCUGUACAACCUGUGAACGUUUUAAACCAAUAAUUUUUAUAAAUAGUAGCUUAGGCUUCACUGUAUCCUACUUCUGUUGUCUUAAAUAUUUUAAAAAACCCUUGACAGUUUCUCCAUAAUUUUUUUAACCUAAUCCAGCUAUUUCGUAUCAAAAGGGAAUUUAUUCUCAGUUUACUGUGUCAUUAUCUCAUUUUCGUGAUCAUGCACAUAGGUACAUAGUUGCUAGUUAACGGUUAAUACAAAUGUGUUCAACUUUUAAAAAGUUAUUACUUGUGCAUCUUAUUAAUGAGACCAAAUCGGUUGUUCUAUGUUUGUUGUCACAAAAUUGCGGUGCUGUUAUCGGCUGACUUUUUACUUUAUCACUCGGUAAAGUUCAAGGAAAAGAAAAGAAAAGUUCGAUACAUUUGUCGUAUCCAUUUCUUAAAAAGGUUUGGAUUUUGUAUCACCAACUAUUUCAGUCGCACUUGCCAUUAAUCUGACAGAUUAUCUAAAACGUCAAACUGAGAUGUGAUAUGAUGUAUCGACUAAGUUGAUUGCAUUUCAAACUAUCAUGUCACAAGAAAUCAAGAAGGAAACCGAGUAAGAUAAAUAAACUCCCUUAGGAAAGUAGAAAUAUCCCACUAUCUGUUAAAUGUAGAAUAAACCCAUUUGUGUUAAUGCAACUGAUUAAUAACUGUUAAUUAUAUAUUUAAUCACUAAUUUAGACUCCCUUUUUAAUUCGCACUGUGAAACAAACUGUCCCACAUAUACUUGGGCAUUUGACUACUGACCAAUCUUUUUUUAUUAGGUUACAUAACUUCCCUGCUAUCUAACCCAUCACCAUAAUUUAUUAAAUAUUAGCUUCUGUAGUAACCCUACACCUUACUAGAACUUAAUAACAACAAACCUGAGAUGAGGAAAUGGGUUUAAAUCAUGACCACUAAAUUUAGCGUCAAAUAUGCCCUAAUUGAUCGGUUUUGAAUUGUAGGCAUACUUACCGAUACCUGGCCGUAGUCGUAUUCUUUUACCUAAGAAUGCAUUCGAUUCUGACUGACGGUAAUCGAAACGCGCAGCAAAAAAUGUGUAGUGAAGAUGUUGUAAUUGAGUACUAUUGAUCAGUUUAAGAACACCAAAUUGUUCUGAACCAAUUAUAUCAGGCGAAAUUUAACUGGACUGCCCAUACUCUUCACUUUUGCUUAGUUCUGUUAUGCACAUACUUUUAGAGAUAAUAAUUUCCUAUCUAACUUCAUUAAUUCAUCUCCCAACAGGAGACGAUGGUCGACUAAAUGCAUUCAGAAAACAUUUCCUUCCCUGUAAAUACGGAACGCUGUUUCAAUUACUGGUCUACAUCAAUACCUAAAGUAGCUGAGCUUUUUAGGCAUUUCAAUUAUUGCAUAAGUUUCAUUAAUACUAAGGUUUUGGGGCUAAUGAAAUCUCAACAUACUUAACGCUUUCUACUCCAAAUAUAGGUUAAACAGGUCUUCCAGCUAAAUUUUUAAUAAGUACAUUCGAACGUAGACAUCUCUUUCAAAAUGUAUGUGCAUAUCUCAAGAAGAACUUUUUCUUCCAGUUCUAUCACUGUCCAGUAGUUAUAUUAUAUGUUGAUAAUCUGAUAUAUGAAGCCACCAAGUCAAGUUUUUAACGAAAUUUAAUAUUGAUACUCAUAAACAUUGGCUAUUUCUACUACUAAUUUUAUUGUCAUCCUUGUGGAUAUAUACAUUGUAGUCCAGUUCAUGUAAGGGACAAUUUACUUGGGAAUUGAUUUUAUUUAUUUUAUUUCAGAAGCCAUAAAGUACAUGUAGCGUGUUUUCAUCUUAUUCAAGAUAAUUAAAAUCGCUUAAAUUCUUUUUUCUGUACAAUUCAAUCGUAUCUGCACUAUAUAAUUGUAAUAAGUUGUUAAUAUGUGCUAUUCAACCAGUUUAAUCAAAAUCUG